AUGUCUUCUGAAGGGUCAAGUGAUAUUUUAAAAAAGGACGGUUCUAUUCGUGAGUCAGAAGAUUCAGUAUCGAUUCCCUCCGUUAUUCGGCCUUCCAUCGCAAAGUCGGAUAACAUAGAUUCCUAUGAUUAUCAAGAAAGUUCGGACUAUGCUCUACGGCUAGAGGAGAUCACCACCAAUCACCCAGCCCAUCCUCAGAAUUGGACAACUUGGAAGAAAGCAUGGUUGAUCGUUCUGACGACCUCUUUACAGGCAUAUGUCUUUUGGACGCCAAAUUUCUAUAGUGGUGUUUCAUCCGAAGUUAGCGAAGAAUGGAACCUUUCCUCACAGACAUCUUUGCUGGGUCAAAGUAUGUUUUUGCUCGGUGUCGCUUUGGGCCCCCUUGUGCUGGGUCCACUGUCCGAUUUGGUGGGAAGAAAAUUUGUUUACAUCGGCUCAUUGUUGGUUUAUAUAUGUUUUAACGUUUCGUGCGCAUUGGCAAUCAAUUAUCCUCAGCUUGUCAUUUCCAUGUUCAUUCUCGGUGCGGUUGGAUCCACUACAUUAGCCAAUGUAGCCGGUGGUGUCGCUGAUCUAUUGAGAAGCGAACAUUCCAAUUGGGGUAUGUACAUGUUCAUUUUCAUGUGCUCGGUUUCAAGCAUCGGUUCUCCAAUGGGUACUGCUGUUUCCGAAAAUCCAAAACUGGGUUGGCGAUGGCUUUAUUGGAUUAAUGUUAUUGUAGGAGGAUUUUUUCUACUUGUUUUAGCAUUCUCUCCAGAAACGCUUCCUGUAAUCGUAGUUGAACGACACGAAGCUCGUCAAAACAACAAACCUGUGUCCAUGUUCCCCAGACUAACUUUCAAAACCUUAAUCAAAAACACAUACUUUAUUUUAUCAGUGGCUCUGAAAAUCUUUUUCACAGAGCCCAUCGUUACAUCCUUAGGGAUCUACAACGGUUUCGUAAAUGGUCUUUUAUACUUCUUUUUGCAAGCUAUUUGGCCCGUCUAUGUAGAUAUCUACAAGAUGUCCGACAUGGCUGCUUCUUCCACUUAUUUGGCCGCAAUACCUGCUUGCAUUAUCCUCUUGUGGCUCGAACCCCUUCAGAGCUGGCUCUAUCGCCGUGAUAAACGCAUAAACAAGAAAUCUAGACCAGAAGCAAGAUUUAAGAUGACAAUAGCUUUGGUAUGGGGAUUUCCCGUCGGUAUUUUCAUGUUUGCAUUCUGUACCAAACCAAGCAUUCAUUAUAUCGUCUCUUUAAUUGCCCUUACCAUUUUUAACAUGGCCGACUAUCAUAUCUGGCAGGCAAUGCUUUUAUACAUCACAGAUUCUUAUCCAAGCGUUUCCGCUUCCGCUGUUGCUGCUUUUGAGCUUCCCUCCAACCUGGGCAGUACUGCCUUUGUUCACCUUAGCGCACUCAUGUUCAGCCGAAUGAAUAUUCACUGGGCUACUGCAGUGAUUGGUUUCGUUUCUUUACCUUUAAUUGCUUUGAUUUAUGUCCUGUACUUUUUUGGACAUCGCAUUCGCUCUCGAAGCAAGCUUGCUACCCGUCAUUUUAUCCAACUGGAUUCUUAG